CAUUUAAAUUGCAGAUGGCUCAGAGGUAGAACUUUAUUGAAUAUUUUGAAGUUCUAGAUAUCUCAUUUUAAAGUGCUAUCAUGUUACCAUUAAUGUAGUAAUUUAACGAGUGCCGAGUGGUAUUGAAUUUUAUUUUUAUUUCAAUGUACAGCGAUCAUGUGAUAGAAAUUUUCUCCAUUUUACUCAUCUGUAACACUCAGAUAUUAGUCUUAGCAACCAUGGCUCCGAAAAAACAAGAAGAACCUGAGAAGAAACCACUUAUUGGAAGAAUCGGUACUAAUUUAAAAAUCGGUAUCGUCGGAUUACCAAAUGCUGGAAAAUCGACGUUUUUCAACGUACUCACGAAAAGUCAAGCUGCAGCUGAAAACUUUCCAUUUUGUACCAUCGAUCCGAAUGAAAGUAGGGUACCAGUUCCCGACCCACGAUUUGAUUAUUUAGUAGAACACUACAAACCAGCCAGUAAAGUACCAGCGUAUUUGAACGUGGUAGAUAUUGCUGGAUUGGUAAAAGGAGCUGCAGAAGGACAAGGGCUCGGUAACGCUUUUUUAUCGCACAUUAAGGCUUGUGAUGCCAUUUUCUACCUCAGCCGUGCUUUUGACGACGAUGAGAUUAUCCACGUCGAAGGUGACGUAAACCCUGUUCGAGAUUUGGAAAUUUUACAACUUGAACUUUUAUUAAAAGACGAAGAAACUUUGAAAGCCGCUAUAGAAAAAAUAGAAAAAAAUGUCUUACGUGGUGAUAAGAAAUUGAAAGCUGAAUAUGAUACUUACAUGAAAAUCAAAGCACACUUGAUAGACGAACAAAAACAUAUUAGAUUUCACGACUGGAGUGCUGCUGAUAUCGAAGUUCUUAACAAAUUUUUGUUCCUAACGGCUAAACCAGCGAUAUAUCUGGUAAAUCUCUCCGAAAAAGAUUACAUUAAAAAGAAAAAUAAAUGGCUACCUAAAAUUAAAGAAUGGGUCGAUGCUAAUGAUCCUGGUGCUCUUAUCAUACCGUUCAGUGCGAUAUUUGAAAAUAAAAUCUUUGAUAUGCCAGAUGAUGAAAGGCAAGCAUAUUUAAAAGAAGUGAACGCUACCAGUGCAUUAGAUAAAAUUAUCGUACAAGGAUACAAAGCUCUCCAAUUGCAAUAUUUCUUUACUGCUGGUCCAGAUGAAGUCAAAGCAUGGACGAUUCAAAAAAGUACCAAAGCACCCCAAGCUGCUGGAAGAAUUCAUACAGAUUUCGAGAAAGGUUUCAUUAUGGCCGAAGUAAUGAAAUUUGACGAUUUUAAAGCCGAAGGCUCAGAAAAUGCUGUCAAAGCUGCCGGAAAAUACAGACAACAAGGGCGAGGUUACGUUGUUGACGACGGAGAUAUAAUAUUUUUCAAAUUUAACGCUGGAGCUGGACUGAAAGAUGCUAAGAAAAAACCCUAAUAUCUGAUGUUGAAUUAAUAAAAAUAUUUUAUUGACGUUUUAUAAAAUAGCAAACUACUUUUUUAAUUCACCAAUUUAGAAAAAGAAAAGAGAUCUUGACCAUUAGCCAAAACGUAUAAAAUUAACGCGUUUUUUACACAGCAACAUACGCCGCCAAAAUAAUAAAUAAUUCUACGUUAGAUGAAAAAAAAUGACACAAAAACAUAUUCCGAUAACAAAUCUACAAAAUAAACUACAAAUAAAUAACGAAUAUCUAUUAACGAUGAUCCCCAUUACGAAUUAAGAGAAAAAAUUCAACACAUCACAAAGGUACGGCUUGAUUCUUAUCGCAGUUACCUGAACAGAUUUGAUAUAAUUUUUUGUGGAUUAGCUCCUCCUUCAAUCUUCCUUAGAAUCGCUGUCGCUGGCUUUCUUUCGUUGAUCGUCCUGUAAAAAAUAUUCAAAGAUUAUGUAAAAAGCCGAAGACCUAUGAACUUUGAGCGAGCAGAGAAUAUUUUAAAUGAUCGAUCGAAGGGCCAGUUUUCGUUUUAAUUGAACAUCCAAAAUGUACAAAUCCGUAAUAAUUUCAAUAAUUUUUCUUGUGUACGAUUUUUUUUAAAAAUAAUAUUAAAUUUAUUUUAAAAUCGAAA